CGCGCGCUUAUUUUUAGAUCUCGCUUUGUCACUUCUCUUUUUCCGAAUUCGAAUCCAAGAAAAAACAUGAUUCCUUUCUUAUCUUCCAAGAUGAACGUCUUCGUGGCCUUCGCAUUUUUCUAUCUAACCACGCUGGUUCGCUCGGAAGAGAGGCUUCUGGUGAACAUGACGCUGGUUCCGAAGGCUCGUGCUAGCGGUGCUUUUUGUUUGGACGGUAGUUUACCGGCGUAUCAUUUGGACAGAGGAUUUGGAGCUGGCGAAAAUAACUGGCUUCUACAGUUUGAGGGAGGUGGGUGGUGCAAUGACUUGACAUCAUGCUUGGGGAGAGCCCGAACUCGAAGGGGCUCAACACGUUAUAUGACAAAGUGGGAGGUUUUCUCUGGUAUCUUAAGCAACAAUGCCACCCUCAAUCCAGACUUUUACAAUUGGAACCGUGUGAAGCUGAGAUAUUGCGAUGGAGCUUCAUUUACUGGAGACGCUGUGUUCAGUAACAAGACAACAACACUUUAUUUCAAAGGGCAGAAGAUUUGGGAAGCCAUUAUCCGCGACCUUUUACCAAAAGGAUUGGGAAAGGCACGCAAGGCUUUGCUUUCAGGCUGCUCUGCAGGAGGCUUAGCGACCUUUCACCACUGUGAUGGCUUAGCCAAGUAUUUGCCAACGAAUGCUAGUAUUAAAUGCUUGAGUGAUGCCGGUUUUUUUCUUGACGGAAGAGAUGUAAGUUUGAACCACACUAUGAGGUUCUUCGUCAAAAGUCUAGUUCAAUUGCAGGGGAUAGAGCAGAACUUGAAUCGAAAUUGCACUAGAGCGCUGUACUUUCCAGACUUGUGCUUCUUUCCACAAUAUGCGUUGGGAUACAUAUCAACACCAUAUUUUAUCUUGAACUCUGCCUAUGAUGUAUUCCAAUUCCAUCAUAUCUUGGUGCCACCCUCUGCUGAUGUGCGCGGACACUGGAACCACUGCAAGCUGAACCCUGCGGCAUGCACACCAGAUCAAAUUAAUACAUUGCAAGGUUUUAGGCUCGACAUGCUUGCUGCUUUGAGACCGUUCUCUAUAUAUUCAAGAAGAGGGGGAAUGUUUAUAAAUUCAUGUUUUGCUCAUUGCCAAAGUGAAUUGCAAGAAACAUGGUUUGGGGCUGAUUCUCCGAGAGUAAACAACAAGACUAUUGCAGAAGCGGUUGGUGAUUGGUAUUUUAGUAGAAACAGAAGCAAGGAAAUAGACUGUGCAUAUCCAUGUGAUACAACAUGUCACAAUCUUAUACCAUAAACUGAGUUGCAGGUUACUUGGAAGAUUAAACUGAGCAUUUUUCCUCAGGCUUCUCUAUUUCUCAUAGAGAAGGUCUUAGUCUGAGUUCUCUAAAAACCGGUUUGAGAUUGAUUUUUCGUAAAAAAACCAUACAAGUAC